CGGUGGAUGAUACAACAGAGAAUGACUACCCAAUUCAUAUAUAUACCAAAUACAAAACCCUAGCUUCAGUUGCCUCAUUGCUUCUUACAUAUCUGAAGCAGCGAUUCAAGCAGAGACAAGAUGGCCGUUCCAUUGCUCACCAAGAAGAUUGUGAAGAAGCGUGUCAAGAGGUUCAUCAGGCCACAAAGUGACAGGAAAAUAUGUGUGAAGCAAAGCUGGCGCAGGCCAAAGGGUAUUGAUUCACGAGUUAGGAGAAAAUUCAAAGGAGUUACUUUGAUGCCCAAUAUUGGAUACGGCUCAGACAAGAAGACCCGCCACUAUUUGCCUAAUGGAUUCAAGAAGUUUGUCGUGCACAAUGUCCAAGACCUGGAACUUUUGAUGAUGCACAACAGGACAUACUGUGCUGAGAUCGCACACAAUGUGUCAACCAGGAAAAGGAAGGACAUUGUUGAACGUGCAGCACAGUUGGAUGUUGUUGUCACCAACAAGCUGGCCAGGCUACGCAGUCAAGAAGACGAGUGAUUGCUUUUGCAAUGUCAAAUCAUUUUUGCUUUUGUUGUUUAUGGUAUGAACAUGGCAGACAAUUGUUCUCAGGAUUGUUGUCUAAUGGAUUACUGUGUUUGAAUCCCAGAGUUUUGUGUUGAAUACUUGAGUUAUAAUUUGUUUAGAGUAUUUUGGCACAUUCAGAUUAAUAGUCAUCUUAAUUCUCUCAUUAUAUUCUAGCUCUGAUGAAAUAUUGCA